AUGUUACCAGAACCCGUAUUUGCCAACACUGCCCUAGUCAUGCCAGAGAAAGAACUACAACACCAGAUAGAGUCAUCCCUGGAUCAAGACAAGUCCCUAGAAGAGAUCCUACAGUUCCUCCAGAACAAAUCCAAGGCACCACCAUCCAUCAAACAAGCGUUCAAAGAUUACCAGAUGGAGGCUGGGUUAUUAUUCUACCAAGGAAGAAUUGUGGUUCCGGACAUUGGUACCUUACAAACGGAAUUAUUGUGUAUCUACCAUGACAGCCCCUUGGCAGGACAUCCAGGAAGACAAUGGACCCUAGAACUGGUAUUGAGGAACUAUUACUGGCCUGGGAUCUGUGCUGACACAUAUUGGCACGUGGACUCCUGUGAAACCUGCCAACAAAUUAGAAAGCCCAAGUACGCGCCCCUUCCACCCCAGCCACUAGAACUCCCUACCAGACCCUGGCAACACGUUUCCUAUGACAUGAUUGUAGAUUUGCCAAAUGACAGAAACUGCAACUCAAUCUUGGUCAUUGUUGACAGCUUCACCAAGUACGGAAUAUUUGUCAAGUGUUCUAAAAAACUCAAGGCCCCUGAGUUGGCAGAGCUAUUCCUGGAAAACGUAUGGAAACGGCACGGAAUGCCCAAAAAAACGGUCUUGGACAGAGGAAGGGUGUUUAACAAUAAAUUCCUAAAAGCACUGUACAAACGCCUAGGGAUAGACCCCCACUUCUCUUCAGCAUACCACCCUCAGAGCAAUGGCCAGACAGAACAAGUAAACCCAUCAAUAGAACACUUCCUCAGGGCGUACUCAGGGAUUAAUCAAAGGGACUGGACCAAGUGGCUCCCCAUGGCGGAAUUUGCGUAUAACAAUGCAGUACACAGCAGCACAGGGAAGACCCCCUUCAAAGCCCUGUACGGCUGGGAACCCACUUUGACCCUGUCCAAUGUCCCAACAGAUGUUCCAGAAGCCAAUAAACUUGCCAAUUUGAUGGAAGCCCAAUGGAGGGAAGUGGAAGCCACUCUUUGGCAGUCCAAGUCACAAAUGGUUGCUGGAGAAGCAGGAAGCCCAACAGAAUUUGAAGUUGGAGAAGAAGUGUGGUUGGACGCAAAGAACGUCAAACUCAAAACUUUGAGCCCCAAAUUAACAGAACAACAAUUGGGACCCUUCAAGGUUACUGAGAAAAUCUCUGACCGGGCUUACUGCCUAGAACUUCCACCAACCAUGCAAAUCCACAACGUCUUCUAUGUAGGAUUACUAUCAAAAGUCAAACAAGACAGUAACCAAGCCUUUGAAAACCGCCUGCCACCAAUCACCGUGGAUGGGGAAGAAGAAUACAAAGUUGAAGGCAUAACAGACGCAGAAGAACGGGACAGAAAAUGGUUCUUCAGGGUCAAAUGGAAAGGGUAUGGGUCAGAGGAAAACACGUGGGAACCCCAGGAAAACCUGAAAAACACAGGAAAAAUUUUAAAAAAGUAUGAGGAAGAGAUGAAGAAGAAGGCCCUUGGCGCUGCCAAGGCCCUUAGAGGGGGGGCAGUGUUGUAG